AUGGUGGUAACCACUGAAGCCGUAACGUCCCGGAGUGAGCGCGAUGCGGAGCCAGUACAGGAGCCCUUGGUAGAGAAAUUGGCCACUGAGGAGCUUAAUAUACUUGUGGCUGUCAGAUGUAGAGGCAGAAAUGAGCGUGAGAUUAAGGCAAAGAGCUCGGUGGUCGUUGACGUGCCGGACAAUGGAGUAACUAAUGAAGUUUCGAUAAAUACUACCGAUGAUGUUGGAAUUGCAGCAAAGAUGAACUCUAAGACCUAUACAGUGGAUAAAGUAUUUGGUCCCAGCGCCUCUCAGAAAUUGGUAUAUGAAGAGAUUGCAGAACCGUUAUUUCAGGACUUUAUUAAGGGUUAUAACUGUACUAUACUGGUUUAUGGUAUGACAUCAACAGGUAAAACAUACACAAUGACUGGUGAUGAAAAAUUACAUAACGGAGAGCUAGGUGAUGCAGCAGGUAUAAUACCCAGGGUAUUGUUUGAACUUUUUGACACACUGGAAGCUAAUAAGGAUGAUUACCUAGUUAAAUGCUCUUUUGUGGAAUUAUAUAACGAGGAACUGAAAGACUUAUUAGACUCCACGAAUACUGCCACGAAUUCUGAUAAUAAAAAACUUAGGAUAUUUGAUUCUAACGUGAACGGUACUUCAGCAAGUGGUUCAAGUAGCCGAUCGAGCUCGAGAAAUAACUCCCCAAGAUCAGCUCCUGAUAAUUCCAGAGCGCAGAUGCUGCGAAGGAAACUGGGUCGCCACAACACUACCGGAAAUAGCAAAAUAUCCAAUAAUAACCAUAAUAAGUUCAGUAGGUUCAAGCAAACCUCUCAAGAGUCCACUAGAGCUCAUGCUUCAAACAAUCAUCAAAACGUUCAUAUUCCUAAUAAUAAUUCCAAUAAUACUAAUCAACAGCAGUCACCCAUUGAUCAGUCCGCUAGUAUCUACAUUCAGAAUCUAGAAGAAUUUCAUAUCACUUCUGCUAUGGAAGGUCUACAAUUACUUCAAAAGGGUUUAAAGCAAAGGCAAGUAGCUUCCACUAAAAUGAACGACUUCUCGAGUCGAUCACAUUCUAUUUUUACCAUUACACUUUAUAAAGAACAGAAUGGGGAACUAUUUAGGGUAUCCAAGAUGAAUUUAGUUGAUCUGGCUGGUUCAGAGAAUAUAAGUAGGUCUGGUGCAAUGAAUCAAAGAGCCAAAGAGGCGGGCUCGAUAAACCAGAGUUUACUAACAUUAGGAAGAGUGAUAAAUUCACUGGCGGAUAAAAGUGAGCAUAUUCCAUUUAGAGAGUCUAAGCUGACAAGACUGCUGCAGGACUCCCUGGGAGGGAAUACCAAAACAGCAUUAAUUGCCACUAUAUCUCCUGCAAAAAUGACAUCUGAAGAGACUUGUAGUACAUUAGAGUAUGCAUCGAAGGCCAAAAAUAUCAAAAAUAAACCCCAACUGGGUGCAUUCAUAAUGAAAGACAUCCUGGUACGAUCCAUCACUUCUGAGUUGGCAAAGAUCAAGUCAGAUUUGUUAUCCACUAAAUCCAAAGAAGGUGUAUACAUGAGUCACGAGCAUUAUAAGGAUCUGCACUACGAUAUUGAGUGUUAUAAAACCGAACUUGAAGAGAGUAAAAGAGCAAUUGAGUCGCUAACUGCACAAAACGCGAUGUUACAACAAGAGAGGCUAUCCUUGAAGGAUGAUAAUGCCUGUUAUAAAGCUAAUAUUGCAAGUUUAAAGGAUAAUGUGGUGACAUUGCAAUCUAGUUUGAAAGAGCAGAUCACAAAGGAGACGAAUAUUAGAAGUUUGUUGAAGGAUGUUCAAGGUGCUAACGAAGAAAUGAAGAAAACGAUACAUUUAUUUGAAUUUAAGCAACAGGAACUACAGCAAAGUAUCUCUACCUUUAUCAGCGAUGAAAUUUCCAAUAUUCGAGACACUCUGAAGAAGCAUAUCGAAUACCUGCAGAAUAACGGUGACUUGAAGGAUACAGAAAUCAGCGGUAAUCUAAUGCGGCUCGAGAAAGAAGUUGUCAAAGUUAUCAAAGCUGCUGAGGAAGAAGCUAGUAAGUCAUACGGGGAAUGCGUCAAGAUGAUGCUGAAAGAAACGCCGAGACUGUUUGAGAGUGUGUCAGGGCGGCUGGACAAUAUCAGUAAGCUAGCUGAGGAGAACCACUCUAAGAUUGCAGAGACGUUAUCAGAUGUAAGUGAAGAGUACAACAACUUGAAGCAAUACUUGACUAACAACUUCUUCAAGAACAAUCAUGAAGAGCUGCUGUCGCACCAUGUUCAAAACACGUAUGCGCAACUAGAAGAGAACUCGGCACAACUGAUGCAGAACUUCACGAUGAUGCUGGACAAGCACAUUCAAGAGAACAAGAGGCAUAUGUUGGAGAAUAUACUGGGGGUCACUGACGAGGUUAUUAAUAAUGAAUUACAAAUGUUUGGGGAGCAACGGGCCAAAUGGGAGAAAUCCUCAGCACUUAUCAAUCAAUGUGAUUCUGUUAACCACAGCUUCCACCAGGCGUUGGGCUCUAACCUUGUAGAGAUCAGGGACGUGGUGUCCAGUUCCCGUGACAAUAUUGGCGCAACUAUAUCUUCUAUCCAGUCGCGGACCAGGAACAGGCAAUCCAUCGAGGAGAUGAUCCAAGGCAAUGACGUAAUCAGACAGCAAAUAACCAGGAUCAAGCAGAAAAACAAGUCGUUGUCUUUAUUCAAGGAGCACUCUACAGAGACAGCUACUACAUCAAUAGGCAGCGUAAACAAAGUAGAAGGCAACUUGAAAGUGAUAAUGGACAAAGUGCUGAAUGACCCGCAGUUGUCCCGGGGCAAGGCUGAAGUUCCCGACGAAGAGCUGCAUAGGCUUGAGAAGAUACCACUGGGGAUCACCAACAAGGAGAAUGUUGUUGAUCUUCAGCACAGGUACCCCGCCUUACAGGAGAAAAGGAAACCGGAGGAUGAAGUGUUGCUUCAAGCCAAGUUGCAGAGACGAAACCCCGAUUAA